GUUUGACAGCUGUAGUUGAGAAAAGUGCGACCAAAAACCGCAUUUCAUCCGUUUAAUCGCGUAAAAAUGACUCGUUUGAGGAGAUGACGACUUUGCCAAUUCUCUAAAUUAGAGUGUACAAAGGCACCUAUUAAAGGACGACAUGCCGCGCCAGAAUAGCACAGCGCACGUGGAUCAAACGGUGUUAAGGAUAGGCCAGCUUUCGCUGGAUGAAGCGAGGAACCGUGGCACUGAACCGAAGAAACACGUCCAGGCAAAGAUGCAGCUCUCCGAACUAGACCAACUUUCCGUUAAUCCCUCGCUGUUGACGAACCGCAUAGCCCUCGACUGCGAGAUGGUUGGUGUAGGAAUAGAUGCCAAGGAACACAUGCUGGCCCGGGUUUCGCUCGUGAACGAGCACGGAGUGGUUCUCGUUGACUGCCACGUGAAACCACAACAGCCGGUUAAGGAUUAUCGCACACCAAUCAGCGGCAUCCGGCCGGAGGAGAUGGAAGCAGGAUUCGAUUUCGCUCCUAUACGCGAGCUGGUGAGGCAACUCAUUCGCGGACGCAUCUUGGUUGGUCAUGCGCUGAAGAAUGAUCUGGCAGUACUCAAGCUGGGACAUCCGAAGUACAACAUACGAGACACGUCUCGCUAUAAGCCAAUCUGCAAGAAAAUACACGCACAUGGUACACCGAGCCUGAAAACGUUGACGAAACAGUUACUGGGGAAGGACAUUCAAGAGGGGAUGCACGAUUCGGUGGAAGAUGCCCGAGCUGCCAUGAAAAUCUAUUUACUGUUCGAGGAAGGAUGGGAGAAAUCGGUAAAGCAGUCUCGCAAAUACUGAAAACGGAGACAAUCGGUUGCGACUGUUGGCGUGUUGGAUUAAGUUGAAUCGAUAAUAUAUUUACAUUUUUAGUAACAUCGCGUUGGGUUGCG